AUGCAUCUUGUGAGAGAAGUAGCAGAAAAGUAUGGCAGCCAUACAGCAGAUGUGCUGCAGCGGUUUCAAAGAACAUCAAUCAAGCUAGCGAAAUCUAGCAACCACAUCAAGUUCCUACUGAAUUGCCGGAAAUGCAAGGUUAUACCAGUGUGCCUAAACUACAAGGUGCACGUCAACCUGGAAAAUGAAGAAUCGUACCGACAAAUGGAGAAAGUGUUAACCAAGCAAAAAAUCCGAUUAAUCAGUGAGUUGAUAGCCGAUGGCAAGAGAACGGUAGCAAGAACAAAGAAAGCAAAAACCGAUCUUAGAAACACUCUGGAGCGACUGUUAGAGCGAGAGGACUUCGUGCGCGCUAAGAAAAUGGUGGAAGACAAAACUGUGAGAGUUUACGCGACCACGAAGGAUAAAGAAAUCAAGAAACUUGAGUGCCUUAAGAGAAAGAGAGUCGCGGAACUGAGCUACGAGGCGGAAUGGGUGGAAAACACGACUGAAGCAGCGAUACCAGACUACCUGGAACGAACAUUGAUGCUUGGGCCGAACUACAACGUACCGAACCGAGGAAAUUUUCCAUACAUCGAGACAGUUGCCGAAAUCGACAGAGCAAUCAAGAACAAAGACAACGUUGAGGAAAUCCGAGCGGAGGUAGCAACUGCGAUGUCCAACUUCAUCAACUACAACAACCAACCCCGCCAUCACCAACAAGAAUGGAUCGCGAAAGAUGUAGGAAGAAGCAGAAAAUUUCUCAAAGAACAUCCGAACAUACUACUGACCAAGGCUGACAAGGGCAACAAGACAGUGAUAUUGUCGUCGGAGGAAUACGAAGAAAAAAUGGAAGGCAUGCUUCAAGAUGCCGAGACCUACGAGAAAAUUCGCUUCGACCCAACAGCAAGGAUCGCGAGAAAGAUUAAGUCGAUUUUGGAUGGAUGGAAAGAUAGACGGUACAUCGACAGCCGGACACACAGAAGGUUGAAUGUGUCCAACUGCCACCCCCCUCGUAUAUACGGACUACCUAAAAUCCACAAACAAGGUAGACCGUUGCGCCCGGUGGUAUCGACCAUUGGGUCCACAACAUACAAACUAGCCCAAUAUCUAUCAGACAUCCUUGGGAAAAUUGUUGGAAAAACUGAAGCUCAUGUCGUCAACAGCUUCACUUUCGCCUCCGAGGUAUCAGGGACACAGAUCAGUGAGGAUGAAACAAUGUUCUCGCUUGACGUCACAUCGCUGUAUACCAACGUGCCGGUAGACUACGCGUUUAGAGUAACUUCGGCGUCCCGAUGGGCUCCCCCACUUUCACCAGUCGUUGCAAACCUGGUUAUGGAGCGCCUAGAACAGGAAAGCAUGAGGAAGCUGGAGAACAAACAAAUAACGAUGAAAGUAUACCGACGCUACGUAGAUGAUUGCUUCUGUAUCGCCAAACACGAACACAUUGAAACAAUAGUAGAAACUUUCAAUGAAUUUCAUGAAAAAUUGCAAUUCACGGUUGAAAGGGAGGAGAACCGGAAACUCAAAUUCCUGGACAUGACACUGCACAAGCAGAAUGGAAAAAUCGUGAAAGUGUGGACGCCGAAACAAGCCAAUGGAAGGUACUUGGACUUCAACUCGGAAAGCCCGUUCCAACAUAAGCGCAAUACGGCAAUAGCGCUAAUAGACAGAGCAAUCAAAUUAACGGAUGCAGAGGAAAGACACAACACGAUUAACAUAAACAGAUCGACACUACAACAGCCUACAAGAAAGGGAGGAGAAAAAGGAGACAAAGUACGUGUCAACGCCGUAUAUCCGGGUCUAAGCGAGAAGUUGUCAAAGCUUCUCAACAAACACGGCAUAAGUUUGGCAUACCAGACCCGAGACAAAAUAAAAAAUACCGUCUUCAGCCGACUAAAGGAUCCCAUCCCGAAACAAAAAACGAAAAAUGUUGUGUAUGCCGUCCCUUGCGGCACAAAUGACGGAAAGGUCUACGUGGGACAAACCGGAAGAAUGCUCGAAACCAGAAUCAACGAACACAGGACGAACAUAAGGAAAAAGGAAGCCAAGACGGGAUUAACGCAACACCAUAUCGACGAAGGACACAAUUUCAAUUUCAACAAAACGGAGAUUUUGGAAAAAAUCGAAAACCAGGCGAGCAGAACGAUAGCAGAGGCCUUCCACAUCAAGCUGCUAGGCGAAGCACGAACAGUGAACAUGCAGCGCGAAUGUGGAGGAUCGACUCGGCUUACAACGGCCUAG